UUUUUUUGUGCAAAGUCUUCCGGGUGUGGUUGAAUGCGGAAGUGAAGCUGGGCGGGGCUUCCGGCUGUGCUGAGGAGAGUCGGGCUGCAGGUUCAGGGCGGAUUCUCGGGCUUUGGGGCAGAAGAUGGACUCUCAGGGCAGGAAAGUGGUGGUGUGCGAUAACGGCACCGGGUUUGUGAAGUGUGGGUAUGCCGGCUCCAAUUUUCCCGAGCACAUUUUCCCUGCAUUGGUGGGGCGACCAAUCAUCCGCUCUACUGCCAAAGUGGGCAACAUCGAAAUCAAGGAUCUGAUGGUGGGGGACGAAGCGAGCGAGCUGCGCUCCAUGCUGGAGGUCAACUACCCAAUGGAGAACGGAAUCGUGCGCAACUGGGAUGACAUGAAGCACCUGUGGGACUACACCUUCGGCUCGGAGAAGCUAAACAUCGACUCGCGCAACUGCAAGAUUCUCCUCACCGAGCCCCCAAUGAACCCCACCAAGAACCGGGAGAAGAUCAUCGAGGUGAUGUUCGAGACGUACCAGUUCGCUGGCGUUUACAUCGCCAUCCAGGCCGUCCUCACGCUCUACGCUCAAGGCCUGCUCACCGGUGUGGUUGUAGACUCUGGUGAUGGUGUGACUCAUAUCUGCCCGGUGUACGAGGGCUUCUCUCUGCCUCACCUCACAAGACGACUGGACAUUGCCGGCCGAGAUAUCACACGCUACCUCAUCAAGUUGCUGUUGCUACGAGGUUAUGCCUUCAACCACUCGGCUGACUUCGAGACAGUGAGGAUGAUGAAGGAGAAGCUGUGCUACGUGGGCUACAAUAUUGAACAGGAGCAGAAACUUGCUCUGGAGACCACCGUGCUGGUCGAGUCUUACACUCUGCCCGACGGCAGGAUAAUCAAAGUCGGGGGAGAGCGUUUCGAGGCUCCCGAGGCUCUGUUUCAGCCUCACCUGAUCAACGUGGAGGGGGUAGGUGUGGCCGAGCUGCUCUUUAACACCAUCCAAGCAGCCGACAUAGACACCAGGGCUGAGUUUUAUAAGCACAUCGUGUUGUCCGGUGGUUCGACCAUGUAUCCUGGUCUCCCUUCCCGUCUGGAGCGUGAGCUCAAGCAGCUUUACCUGGAGAGGGUGCUCAAAGGAGAUGUGGACAAGCUUUCUAAGUUCAAGAUCCGUAUCGAGGACCCACCACGCCGUAAGCACAUGGUGUUUCUGGGCGGAGCCGUGCUCGCUGACAUCAUGAAAGAUAAAGAUAACUUCUGGCUGACCAGAGAGGAGUAUCAGGAGAAGGGCAUGCGUGUGCUGGAGAAACUCGGAGUGACCGUCAGAUAAAGCCGCCACACACACACACACACACACACACACACACACACACACACACACACACACACACCCCCCAACACACUUGAAUUCAUUCACACACAUUCUUACAGGGUGAUAUUUUGGCAGUGAAUCCAUGUGGAAAAUAAGCAGUUCUACCUGAUUGUAAUAAUAAUAAUAAUAAAGAUACUUGAAUUUCACAUAUGAAGUGUUAAAAGAAUCUCAUCGUCCUAUUUUUGCGACCUUCUGACCUUCUUUAAAGCUCUGAUAUCAAACCGGUUAGGGAAAAAUCCUCACUCAUAAAACUACUUGUUUACGCUGCCAAAAUUUAUCCUAGAAUGGAGCUUAUCUCUUUCUUUCUUUCUCUCUCUCUCUCUCUCUCUCUCUCUCUCUCUCUCUCUUUCUCUAUUUAACGCUCUCCUUUCAUUUCUUUUGACACUUACUGAAGGACGCCCCGUUCACCCAAACGGUUAAAAGACGUGUAUAAUAAACUUCAACAAAUAAAAGAAUCGCCACAAAAGGGGCCAAACAACCAGGAAAGUGAACUGUAAAGCGUUUAAAGGUGCAGUCUGUCUUUUUUUUUUUUUCUCCCCGAAGCAUUCCUAGACUGUAAUACUCAUGACAUUUCCAGACAACUUACUCAAGAUAUUUUCUUUUUUUUUUUUCUUUUUUUUUCUUUUUUUUUUAUUAUUAUUCCCUUUUUUUUUAUCAUUAUUUCACUUGCUGUUGUUGUUUUUCUGGCCCUGAAAUGCUCUUCCAUGUCAUGUUUUCAUAAAAGUCCAUUCACAAAGCAAAUGCAUUUUUAACACAGGGUGGUGGUGGUGGUUUUUUUUUUUUUGGCUUUUUUUUGUUUUUGUGGUUUAAAAAAAAAAAAAAAAAAAAAGGCAAAUCGCCGCUUUGAAGCCAAUAGGAUCAAAUGUGUUAAUAGUAUCCGGUUGAAAUCGGCUGUUUUUUUUUCUUUUGUUUUAAAUCUAAAGUGUUUUACUGAACUGUCUGUAUUUUUUUUUUCUUCAUGUUAUUGUUUUUUUCCCGCUUGAUGGAAGUGUACACACUGUUAUAGACAUUCUCGUCCACUAGAGGGCGAUAAAGCGAACAAAUUUCUUCAACGUUUCUUAGCCUUGUAGUUUCUAGUGCAGUGUUGUGUAGUGUAUAGAAAAAAGGAUUCUUUUUUUUUUUUUUAUCCAUCAGGAACAAAUGAUCGUUGUUUCCGCGUGGUGUUGGAAUUGCUACGGAUUAUAAAGAAAAAAACGAAACGAUUCUGGAUCAGGACGUAGCCUGUAACCAGAAUCAUAUUCCCAGCGUUUCAUCCUGAAAAGUCCCUAUAACUGCCCUAAUACACUCGCUCUAAUGUUUAAAUAUGCUAAACAGGCUAAUCCAGAGCGACUGCUAGUCUUGCUAGCUCUUCGCUUAUUUUCCUUAUUAGCAUUUCCUUUUUUUUUUGUUUCUUUAAAAUUUCCCUAAGAGCUGCAGCAGCAGCUUCUUCUUCUUCAUCUUCUUAACCAUUGAGUCGGUUUAUCACGUCAAAUCUGCCCCCUAGCGACUCUCAUACAGGGUUAUUUUUCCCCCUUUUCUCUUUUUCGUACGCACUUUCUGUUUUGAUACGGUUCGUUUUCUCGUACGCGGUUUGUUAGGUUAGCGCGGUUUGUGUACACAAGCAGGUUUUGUGCGCUCUAGAUGGAAAAAAGCGUACAGGGCUAAUAAGUGUAAAAAAAAAAAAAAAAAAGACGUAUGCUAAUAAGGCUGCCACGUUGCUAGGUGGUAUCCGGCGGUUAUAUUAGCCGCAGCUAUCCUCACAUUUAAACGGCUAACAGGUAGAUUUAGGUGUUUUGUUUUAUUUUAAAUAUAAAGGAAGCCCAAAAUCAUAAAAAAAUUAUGAAGGAUUACUUUUUAUCUCCCACUUUUUCUUCCGUAUGAUUAGUGAUCGUUUAUUUUUACUUUUUGCUAUUGUUAUGCUAAUCGUAUCACUCCGUACAAUCUACUGCUAGUUCAUACUUUGAAUCAGACCAUAAUCAUUAGCAAAGAUGAAACGUUUCAGAAGAGAUAUUCGCUGACUAGCGACAGACGUUAUCAUGGUUCCUGCGUACCGGCCCUUUAAAUGUGAGGUGGUUGUUGCUAAUGCUGUCAGCACUGUAGUUCUGGGUAGUGCUAAUGCUAAUACGCUGAUUGAGGAUGUAUUAUGUUUAUGGAAGUGUGAGCAGGUCCAAAAGACUUCCUCACACAUAGAAUAAGAAAAUAAACCUUUCACAGGGUUUUGGGUUUUUGUUGGUUUUUCUCCGAGUGGUUUACGCCGUGCCAAGUGUGCUGACUUAUUGUGGGGGUCUGGAUUUUUGUUUGUUUGUUUGUAACAAACUGCCAAACAAUUGAUAAAAAAUAAAGUCAAUUCAUUUAUAA